GUGUACACUUUCUUUCUUCCCCGACGAAGACGAACACGACUCCGCUCCAUCGCUAGCCCUCCAAAGUCCAAACCGCGUUCCGCCGACCGAUCGCCCGUCGACCCCACCACCACCGCCACCCCCGCGCCGGCGCCGAUGGACUACGAAUUCCGCAGCCGGUCGGGCUCCGGCUCGUACGGCGGAGCCGGCGGGGGCGGGGGCGGCUCGUCCCUCUACCCGCGCGUCGGCCAGCCCACCCACGGCGCCGCCGGCCCACCGCCGCAGCGGCCCGCGCCGUACCUCCACGCCACCGCAGCUCCCUCGUCCCCCGCUGCCCCGCCCCCCGCUCCCUCCUCGUCGUCGUCCUCCACAUCGAUGGGCAUACAAGUUGUUAUAAAGCCAGAAUAUCGGAUAACCCCUCCUCCUCAGUUGGCACCACAGAUGGUAGAAGUUCCCCGCAGCACCUUUAACUUCGAUUUUGAGUAUGAAAGAAAGAUUCUUGCGGAGGCAGAGAAGGAAAACCCCAACUGGGGGAAGUUUGUAAUUGAAAGGCAGACGCCACCACCACCACCACCACCACAACAACAACAACAACCACAGCCGCCAAGAGGGCCAAGACACUCAACAUCCACUACUUCUAUGGCUACCCCAGGAGAUCCACUUGUGGAGAAGUAUAUGUCUAUGGGGCUUGGACGUGAAGCUGUUUCAUUUGCUGUGCUAAAUUAUGGAGAUAACCCAACAAAGGUGAAGGAGUUUGUGAAAGCCUACAACGCCCUCCACGAGAUGGGGUUCACCUCGCGUAACGUCCCCGAGCUGCUGGCGAUGCACGACAACGACCCCGACAAGGUUAUCCAGCACCUGCUCAGCACGACAUAACAUUGCCCGUGAUUCUCGUCUCCGCAUAUGUACAGUGAGACAGGUCCCGCCUCUAGUCUAGCCAACAUUAUGCCUACACUGUACUACCUGUAACUUGUAAUGGAGUCUGGAGCGGUUCAGUGUGUCUGUCAGCUGCGGGUGUGGCGCAUCAGCCCGACGGCCAAGAUUGGCGUGUCACAGUCUUUCUACACAGUACGUUAUUUCAGUUAUGUGUGUAUGCGUUGCUGUGAA